AUGAAAUUGGGGAGAGAAGAUACAGAAAAAACUCUGAAUGAAGUUUUCAAACCAGUGGUUACACCAUUACAAAAACUAGUGGAUCAAGCCUCUCAUGAUGGAAUUCCUAGGAGAGCGAAGAGAUAUAAGAAGCGCAAAGUUCCCGAUUCAUCUGCUUCAAGGAAACGAGUGGUGGAAACAGAUGAUUCUAAUAUUCCAAUAAAGAUUCAACGAAUGAAGGAAAUGUAUGAUUCAAAUAUUCCUAGAAGACCACCAUCAGAAUCAGAGUUGAAUAGAAAUGUUCACACACCAUCAUCCUUCACCAUGGAAACGAAAAAUAUUGAUGAUGAAGAUGAUUCUGAUUCUGUGGAGGAUGAAGAUAUGCAUAAUUUAUCACAAGAAUAUAUGCAAUUAUUCGACACUCCUGAUGGGGAUAAAAAAUUGGGCUUGAGAACAGGAGUCCGCAAGUAUAAAGGACUUCUCGAAAUAUUAUUCAAAAAAGAACCCAAUGUGGAGAAAAUUACAGAUGAUGAUAAGAGAGCAUUCACGAAAAUUGUGAAGAUGACACAUCUUGAUAGUUACAAAAUGAGCGUUGGUGUGUUUGGACGACAGUUGAAUGCUCCUGGAGCUGCACCCCGGAAUAUUCAAGGACCCCCAGGUCGGGGCUUCAAGCUCACAGCAGAUGGACAAUUUGAUAUGAAGAACAAGCGAUUAUGUAACGUUGCUGAAGCAGUAGAAGAUAAUGAUGUAGUUUCCAUGAAGGUUGUCAAGCGGCUGAUUGAAGAUUUGCGGAUUAAUUUACUACAAAAACACAUGACACAGAACCUUGAAGCCAUUCGAACACUAGAUGAGAGAGUGAAAACAUUGGAGAGUUCAGGAAAAACUGAAAAGUUUAAGGCGGAAAAAGAAGCUCUAGUUGAGGAACUCCACAGACCUGCGCGUAGGAAUUAUCCCAGACGCAGAAUAGAUAUACGAGGUCUCAAUGAAACUUGGCAAGCUGAUCUUGUGGAUAUGUCAGCAUAUGCUAAAGAAAAUGAUGGUUAUAAAUUUCUACUCACAAUUAUCGACAUUUUCUCUAAAUUUGCAUGGGCAGUACCCAUUAAAUCAAAAAGUGGAUUGGAUGUAACAAAAGCUAUGGAAUCUGUACUCAAUCAAGGUCGAGUACCUCAAAAGCUACAUGUUGAUCAAGGAAAAGAAUUCUAUAACAAAGAAUUCAAAAAUCUGAUGCAAAAAUUUGAUAUAAAAAUGUAUUCAACGUUUAGUAAUUUAAAAGCGUCGAUUUGUGAACGAUUCAACCGUACGUUAAAAGAGCGAAUGUGGAAAAAAUUCUCUCUCCAAGGAUCAUACAGAUGGUUCGAUAUACUUCCUGACAUUAUAUCAUCUUAUAAUGAUACAAAACAUCGAACAAUUCAUAUGAAACCCAAGGAUGUGAAUGAAACGAAUCAAAAGUUCCUUCGUCACCAAGUUUAUGGAAAAUUUUUGAACAAUAGAGUUAAAGAAGCGAAAUUCAAAAUCAAUGACAAAGUGAGAAUCAGCAAAUAUAAACAUGUUUUUGAAAAAGGCUAUACACCCAAUUGGACAACUAAAAUUUUCAAGAUCAUUCGCGUGAGGAGGACUGAACCAACUACUUAUAAAUUGAUUGAUUAUCAAGAUAAUCCUAUUGAAGGAAGUUUCUAUGAGGAGGAAUUAUCUAAAGUUAAGCAUCCUGAUGUAUACCUGAUUGAAAAAGUGAUUAAAAAACGAGGAAAUAAAUUAUAUGUGAAGUGGUUAGGCUUUGAUGAUUCUCAUAAUAGUUGGAUCAAUGAGUCAGAUGUGUAA